CAGAGCAGGGUCACAGAAAGUUAGAAGCUGCUUGUUAUGAAUGUUUACAGGGAAGUUGCUUUUUAAUUUGUUUUAACUUUAAUUUGUUUGUUUUACCAGUGACUGAGAGAUCAUUAGGAAAAUCCUCCCAGUUAUUAGGGUCUGCAUCAUGGAGAUGGCAAAGAAUAACCCAGGCUCACAGGGUGAAGGCAGGCAGAUGACUUCAAUGUCGCACGACAGUCUCAGUAUCCUGAACGUUUCCUAUGCAGUCAGGGAGCGUGUGGGACCCUGGUGGGAUAUUCGAUCAUACCGUAAGAAGUGGAACAGGCAGAUUCUUAAAGAUGUGUCAUUUCAUACAGAAAGUGGCCAGAUCAUGGGGAUCUUAGGAAAUUCUGGAUCGGGGAAAACAACUCUGUUGGAUGCCAUUGCUGGAAGGCUGAGCCAUAAAACAAACUUUUCUGGCCAAGUUUAUGUCAACGGACAGGAGCUGAAGCCAAAGCAGUUUCAGGACUGCUUUUCCUAUGUUCUCCAGAAUGAUACCUUGUUAAGCUACCUCACCAUAGAAGAGUCUUUGACUUAUACUGCCUUGCUAGCACUCCAGGAGCACUCCAGCAACUUUAUAAAAAAGAAGGUUGAUGCUGUUAUGGCUGAGCUGAGUCUCAGUCAUGUUGCAUGCAGUGUAAUUGGAAACCACACAUUUCGGGGGAUUUCUGAUGGCGAACGGCGCCGCGUUUCAAUCGCAGCACAGCUAUUACAAGAUCCCAAGGUCAUCUUGCUAGACGAACCCACCACAGGUCUGGACUGCAUGACGGCCAAUCAGAUUGUGUUGCUACUAUCAAAGCUUGCUCAUAAAGGCAGGAUAGUGAUUAUUACAAUACACCAGCCACGAUCAGAACUUUUUCAGGUAUUUGAUAAAAUCUGCAUCAUGAGUUCUGGAGAACUGAUUUUCUGUGGAGAUUCAUCAGACAUGAUCACUUUUUUUACCAACUGUGGCUACACGUGCCCUGAACAUUCCAGCCCUUUUGAUUUUUACGUGGAUCUCACAUCAGUAGACUGCCGAAGCAAAGAGCGCGAACUGGAGACUUACAGCAGAGUUCAAACCAUCUGUUCCGCCUAUAAAAGUUCAGAAAUCUUUUGCAGAACUCUGGAGGCGAUUGAAGAAACAAAAUGCAAGGUGAAGGAGCUGCCGUCAAUACCCUUUAAAUGCAAAAAGGCCCCCAACGUGUUCUUCAAACUAUGGAUUCUGCUCAGGAGGACAACAAGGAAUUUAUCCAGAGAUAAGAUCGGAAUCCUGAUGCGGCUCUUCCAAAAUCUGUUCUUCAGCCUCUUUCUUGUAUUCUUCCUUCUGAGACUGUCCAGUGAUGUUCUUAAAGGAGCAGUUCAAGAUCGCGUAGGACUCCUUUACCAGUGUGUAAGCGCUCCACCACACGCAGGAAUACUCAAUGCUCUGUCAUUAUUUCCUGCACUGCGGGCUGUUGGAGACCAAGAAAGCCAAGAUGGUUUAUAUCAGAAGUGGCAAAUGUUGCUUGCCUACAUACUGCAUUUCCUGCCUUUUAGCAUCAUCAGCAUUGCACUAUUUAGUACUCUUAUCUAUUGGUCUAUGGGAUUUUACCCGGUGGCUUCUAGCUUUGGAUAUUUCUUUGCUGCCCUCGUAGUACCUCAUAUAGUAGGUGAACUGGUGACACUUACUUUUCUUGGCAUCAUUCAAAAUCCCAAUGUGGUCAGUGGAGUAGCGACGCUACUUAACAUGGCAGGUGCCCUAGCUGGAACUGGACUUGUAAGGAAUUUGGAGGAAAUGCCAACUCCGAUUAACAUUCUAAGCUACUUUACGUUCCACAAGUACGCCAGUGAGAUUCUUGUUGUGAAUGAGUUUUCUGAAUUAAAAUUUACAUGUGGUCACUUCAACGUUUCCACUGCGGCUGGGGCUCCCUGUCCUUUCUCCCAAGGGGUUCAGUUCAUUGAAAUGAUGUUUCCCGGUGCAGCAUCCCGAUUCACAUCGGACUUUUUACUAUUAUAUGCUUUUGUCCCAGCAGCCAUAAUUCUAGCAAUUAUCAGUUUUAAAAUAAGAGAUAAAAUUGUUGCCAGGAAAUAGAAGUGACACUAAAUGGUCUAUACAGUAUGCUUUUUCACUCUCGCAGUGUGUGAAAGUACAGCGUGAAUUAUGAAAUCUAAACCAUUCCCCAUUAUUUACUUUUAGUCCUUAAGUGCUAAUAUUACAAAAAAACAAAACCAGCAAUCCAGCUGUAGAACAGCAUGCAUUUCCAGCUGUAUCUCUUGCAAAUUCAACUGCCAGGGCUGCAUGAACAGCACCCUUUUAAAGAAAAGCAACAGUCAUAUAUUGCCUUUUAGGUAUUCAAGAGGUGGGUGCUGGAUUUAGUUUUUCCACCCCAAACCCAGUUCUAUCUGAACAGCUGACUGGUGCAGUUAUUUCUCCCCCCCCCCCCCCCGACUGAUUGCUUUGUUUUCCUCUUCACAUUGUGUUUGAGCAAAUUAUUUUUUGGGGGGGGAUCAUCUUUAUUUUAAAAAUGACCAACUGCAUUAAUUUGUGGAAAUGUCAAAAAGGUUCAAAACAGCAGUUUACAAAAGUCAUACAAAAAUAGAAAUUUCCUUUGCAUUCUGUUUAAGAUCAUAUAGUUUUGCUGAAUACUUCAAUUCAAACAAGCAAAUAAAAAAAUCCAUAAAGAAUUUCUAAUGGUUAAAAACUAAAGUCCAACAGCCCAAACCUUCCAAUAGUCUAAGUAGAAAUGCAAAUUUUAUCAUAUUAGGCUGGCAAAAUCCAGAGAAUUGUGUCUCAAUUGGAGGAAAAAAAUCUCACAAUCUCACACUGACCUUAAUGCGAU